CCCUGGCGGGGCCCGGGAUGCCCGCCCCUGCGGAGGAGUGCCUCUCCCCCGUGGGGCUGGACUGCUGCAGCUGCUGCCUGGACCUGGCCAACCGCGGCGGCCCGGAGAGCCCCCUGGGCUUCAACAACAACCCCCCGGGCAGCCCGCGGGGCACCGGCCCCAGCCCCUUCCUGCAGCUGCGGGAGCGGCUGCUCUGCCAGGACUUCAACGCGGACAAGCUGAGCCACCUCCUGUGCCAGGACUCCCUGGAGCCGGUGGUGCGGGACCCCUGCUACCUCCUGAACCAGGGCGUCUGCAACCGCAACAUCGACCAGACGCUGCUCUCCAUCCUGCUCUUCUUCCACAGCGGCGCGUCCGGGGCCAGCGUGAUCGCCAUCGACAACAAGAUCGAGCAGGCAAUGGAUUUAGUGAAGAACCACCUCAUGUACGCCGUGAGGGAAGAGGUGGAGAUCCUGAAGGAGCAGAUCAAGGAGCUGGCGGAGAAGAACUCGCAGCUGGAGCGUGAGAACAGCCUGCUGAAGAACCUGGCCAGCCCAGAGCAGCUGCAGAAGUUCCAGUCCCGUCUGCCCCUGGAGCUGCCGUCGCCCGAGAAGCAGAGCCAGGGAGAGGCUGCCCCGGCCCAGCACAGGGCGGGCUCUGCGGUGUGAGGUGGCUCUGUCCAUGGGGUGGGCAGAGCCACGGAACUGUUUCUAUGCAACCUCCUUGAAAGUGGUUUCUUCGCGCUGUGUCCGGAGGACUCCACUGGGCUGCGGCCGCAAUGGGACACUGGCAGGCCCACCGAUUCCCGGCCGGCCGGCUGGGCUGCCAGCCAGAGACUGUCUCCUGUGAGAAGGAACGCAUGCAAGGUCGUGCCGGGGUUGCCAUGCCGAUGGACAGGCAGUCUUGCCUUGAAGGAGUUACGGGGGUGCCGGCUUUCCCUUCCCAUUCACCUGCCUUGGUGUGCGGUGGGGACAGCGCCUCCCGGGGAUGCUUCGGCUUCAGAGGCAAAAGUCUGUUAACUUGGAAGGAGCUGGGGACCGUGUACAAAGCGAGACGGCAGCUCUCACCCUGCCAGCCUGGAGGGGGGAGGCAGGUGUGCUUGGCUUGGACGUGCGGCCACCUGGGUGCCCCCGGGCUGCUCUGGGUUCUGCUCUCCUGCUUGCUCCUGUGCCCCCGAUGGCCAUCACGGGCUGGAGAGAGUGUGUGGGACACUCACGCCCCCAGCCGGGGGGUCCUUGCAGGAAUAAGUCGCGGGGUGAAGAUUUUGUGCCACUGCGAGUGGCCCAUCGAGGGACGGGCUGCAGCCUCUUUGUUCAGUUUGUUUAUUGAACUUUGUGCACGGACGAAUCCCUGUGAGAGGAGCCCAGCACCGGCUGCCGCCUGGCAUGGAACCCAGUCCAGGAUGGGUGAUUGAGACAGAGGGCAGCAUGCUGGGGGGGGGGGGCUCUUGCUGAAGGAGCUGCACAAGGAGGGGCCCGGGGACCCUCCCCCUGUGACAGGAACCCCCCUUCUGUGACACAGACUGAUCAGUGGUGUAAAGUUAGAGAUGCUGCAAUAAAGCUGACGUUUGGCACACGUACACAA